AUGCAUCUAUUAAACGCUGCCACCCCCCUCUCGGGGGUUACAGUUGCUCUCGCAGUCCCGACCCCACCGCCGCAAUAUAAAGAAGACCUCGACUGGCAACCAUGCCAGCUCGACUUUCCACCCAGUCUCCAACAACGCAUUCCAGGACCGAUCGAUUGUGCUACACUCGAUGUGCCCCUCGACUACACCAACAAUGAUACUCGACGAUUACAGCUCCAGCUGAUCAAGGUGAACGCUACGCAGCAUCCAUCUGAAGGCCGAGUUGUCUUUGCGCCUGGCGGACCGGGAAACUCGGGUGUUGAGGAGGUUGCGAGGCUUGGGAGUGUUUACCAAAGGAUACUCGGUGGACGGUAUGAUGUGGUUGGUUUUGAUCCACGUGGUGUAGGGCGAACUAUUCCCUUCUCAUGUGCGCCAACCAACGCCACAACAAAGCGCAGUGUCGCUGUCAACAACAGGACAAUCGAGAUCCCACAAAUCGACAGCUGGUCUCUCCUGAAGAACAAAGCCUGGGAGGAAGGCUCUGCAUUCAACGAGCUGUGCUAUACAGCCAAUCACGACACAGGCCGCUUCCUAAGCACAGCAUUCGUUGCUCGAGACCUCCUAGCUAUCUCCAAAGCCAUCAAUCCCGAUGGGCUACUGCGAUUCUGGGGACGGUCAUAUGGUACCAUCCUCGGCCAGACCUUCGCAGCAAUGUUUCCCGAUCGCGUGGAACGGAUGGUGCUUGACAGUGUGGUGCUUGCGAGCGAUUACUACUCCGGCCAAUGGAUCAGUUCGAGCAGGGAUACAACUCGAAGCCUGGCGCACUUCUUCCAGGAAUGUAUCGCAGCGGGACCGAACAGCUGCCCUCUGGCAAACUUCACCGGUAGUGCUGCGACGCCGGAAGACCUGACGCAAGCAUUGUACACAGCUCUCGACAAAGUCCGAAUUCAAAACCUCACACUCACAGCAGACUAUCCCUCUCUGGCGUGGUGGCAAUCCGGCGAGGGCUUACCGCUGCUGGGAGAGUUGAAAUACGGUCUUCUAGCCAAUCUCUAUCGUCCAGAUCAAUACCCGCUCGUCUUCCAAUACAUAAACGACACUCUACACGGCAACUUCAGCAGCUUCACAGACUUGACCAUCGCCGACGCCCUCGCCAAUGCCCCCAGUGAAGAACCAUGGAGCCAAGGCAUAAAUGCCUUCCACGGCGUCGCAUGCCUCGACUCUUCGCUACGGGUGAGCCGGGUCGAGGACCUGUAUAACUCCGUGCAAGCACAACUGAGGAGCGGAGGCACGUUUGCGGAUAUCUUCUCCAGCCAAGUAUGGCCUUGCGCGCAGUGGAAGUUCGAGGCUGCGGAACGAUACGAAGGGGGUUUUGCGGAUAUCCGGACAAGGCAUCCAGUUUUGCUUGUGAAUAGUCCUUUUGAUCCUAUCACGCCCCUGAGUGGUGCGUUCGAGGCCGCGACGGCGUUUCCUGGGUCGAGGGUGCUGGUUCAUAAGGGUCAUGGGCACGGCAGCAACAACCACCCAAACCUCUGCACGCUAAGAGCCAUAGGCGACUACUUCCGCAACGGCGAACUUCCCGACGUCGGGACAGAAUGUGAGCCCGGAAAGAACGGUUGGGAGAUGAUCGACGAGGCUGUGCGGAACAACGGUGUGGUGACGGUGCGUGAAGAGGUCAGGGAUGAAGAUGAGCGGGAGAUGUUGCAGAGUGUGUAUGACGCUGCUGUUGCGGCGGUUGUUCAGUCGUCUGCAGCAGAGUGA